UCACCUCUCUCUUCCAGGGUUUUUGCCUCUCUUCUCUUCUCAAGCGCCGCCUCUCAAUUCUCUUGUGCGCAAAGAGAAGAUGGUGAGAGUCAGCGUUUUGAACGAUGCUCUGAAGAGCAUGUACAAUGCUGAGAAGCGGGGGAAACGACAGGUCAUGAUCCGACCAUCCUCCAAAGUGAUUAUCAAGUUCCUCCUGGUCAUGCAAAAGCACGGAUAUAUCGGGGAGUUUGAAUAUGUUGAUGAUCACAGAGCUGGUAAGAUUGUUGUAGAAUUGAACGGGAGGUUGAACAAGUGUGGAGUUAUCAGUCCUCGUUUUGAUGUUGGUGUUAAGGAUAUUGAACCCUGGACUGCUAGGUUGCUUCCUUCUCGACAGUUUGGAUACAUUGUGUUGACAACUUCAGCUGGCAUCAUGGAUCAUGAGGAGGCGAGGAGGAAGAAUGUUGGUGGCAAAGUCUUGGGUUUCUUUUAUUAGACUGAGUCCGAGAAUGGUUUUCAUUGAUUAGCGAAUACAGACUUGGUAUCUUAAGACUUAUUGUUGUGGUUUAUUUGAGAAUUGUUUUGAAAAUUCGGAGAUUUUGGCAUUCUUGUUUUACCAUGGAUUCUUUCUCUUUCUUGAGGUUAAUCAGGUUUUGCGAUCUGUUUGGUUCUCGAUUAAAAUA